AUGGCCGAUACGGUCCUCGAAAACAUGAAGCAUUACACACAGAAACUAUUGGAUGCCUACGCGGCGUGGGAUCUCGACGCCAUCCUCGCAGACAGGGCGGUAGAGUGCAUCUACCACGCCCGUCCGGAGACAGCAGGCAUGCCACCAAUGAACAACGCGGAGUACCGCCAGUGGUACACCACUGAGAUUAUGCCAUUGAUGAAACAGGGCAUCAAGUUUGAAGUGCAUAACGCUGUCUACGACGCCGAAGCGCACAAGUCGGUCUUGCAUGGCAUCAGCACGUCGGAAUCUGUGGUUGGACCGUAUCGGAAUGAGUGUAUCCUGAUCACGUCGUUCAACGAGGCCGGUGACAAAGCUGUCAAGAUUGAGGAGAUGUUCGAUAGUGCGUACUUUCAGCAGUUUAGCCAGCGGUUGCAGGAGUUCAUGUCCUCGCGGGAGAAGUAA